AUCUCACUUUCCCUUUCCCUUACACAGUAGUUCUUUCCCUCCUUCUCCUCUUUCCGCCUUCCCUGGGCUUCCUAUCCUCUCCUUCGGCUUCCCCUGGGCUGCGGACUAUCCAUGAAUCAUGAAUCUUUGUCUGUUUGCGUUGCUCUUUCUGCAACUUGCAUUUGCUCAGCGCCAAGAUGAGGAUCUCAUGACCUUUGUUACGCUUCCUGAGGUCAGGGCUCUGAAAUUCGAAAUCACUCACAAUGACCGAGAUCGUGCGAGUCCCGGUUACUGGUUUGUCGCACCGUAUGGUCUGAUCGACCCGGAGACGCCGACACGCAAGUAUCUGCAGUAUCAGGUCGGACCCUAUAUCUAUGAUCAAGAUGGCGUUCUCAUCUGGGCCGGAUCACCCAUGUUCGACAACCGAAACGUCUUCGAUUUCAAAGCAGUCCACAAUAUCGAUGACAAGCCACACUUAUCCCUAAUCGCGCAGCGGUCCUUUGACGGAGACAUUCAGGGAAGCGGCGUGAUUUUGAGCCAGCAUUAUGAGGUCGAGUCGCAGGUCUUCAAGUUGCCCAACACCUGGGAAUUCAAUGUCCACGAAUUCAAGAUCCUUGACGGCGGAAGAUCGGCCCUGGCUUGCGUCUACCAGUCGAAAAUGCUUGACAUGACUGACGUGGGCCAUCCGGGGGAACAGAAGCUUUUUCUGACCGGUGGAUUUGCAGAGCUGGAUCUGACCACGGGAGCACCGUUGUUUGAAUGGGACUCUGCCGACCACCUGGGUCUGCAUGAGACCGACCGGUUUCACACGUGGGACGAACCAAUGGGCGACUGGGGAUGGGACUCCGUGCACAUGAACGCGGUCGAUAAGAAUGCUGCUGGCGAUUAUAUCAUCUCGAUGCGGUUCACUGAUACGAUCUAUAUGAUCUCCGGAGUUGAUGGCCGGGUCAUGUGGCGGUUGGGUGGACCAGAAAGUAACUUCGUCCAGGACUUUGUCUUCUCUAAGCAGCACGAUGUUAAAUUUGUCACGUCAAACGGGACGUAUCAUAUCAUUUCAUUCCUGAACAACGCCUCGGAUGAAAUCACGACGGAUGAGAGUGUUUCAUCGGCCCUAUUUGUGGAGCUGGAUACGGUGGCCAGUCCGAUGACAGCCCGAUUGAUCGCACGCUAUAACCGUCCAGAUGGUCAGCUAUCUCGACUGCGAGGCAAUGUCCAGAAUCUCCCGAGCGGCAAUGUUUUCGUUGGCUGGAGUGAACGAGGCUACCAGAGCGAGUUCUCUCCGGAAGGAGAUGUCUUGAUGACUGCUCGGUUUGCAUCAGAUCGCUUCUCGACCUACCGCGCAUACAAGUACGAAUUCAGUGGUCGGCCUCGCGCACCCCCCGACUUGGUGGCGUCUGUAUAUGGCACAGACGAGGACGACCUGAUGACGGUCUUCUACGUGAGCUGGAACGGCGCCACGGAUGUGGCCGGAUGGAACUUUUACGCCCAGGCGUAUGAUGGCGGAGCCCCCGUACUCAUCGGUUACGUGGACAAAACCGAUUUCGAAACCAUGUACAUGGCCCACGGGUUCCUAGACUGGGUGUCGGUCGCGGCCAUCGACCACGAGGGUAAUGUGAUGGGAACUUCUGUCGUGCAUCGCACUAAGAUUCCCGACAAUUGGAAGGCUGCUGGGUUUGUAGGAUCGUCCCAAGCUCCCGCCCCGGUGAACCCAUCGACGAUUCACAAGGAAGCUCACGCCAGCGAGGAAUCCCUGGGCCAUUCCACGGUGUCUGAUGCUGAUACCAAGGAUGCCAUUGCAGCUCUCUCCCAGGCGUACGAGGUUGUCCGCAGGCUCGGAAGCCUCCUCAUUCUCAUUCUGGUCGGGUCAUCUAUCCUCGGGGUUCUCUUGGGCGUCUUUUGGGUCCUUCGUCGUCGCCGGCGAACACCGACUUAUCGGCAUGUUCCUUCGGAGGAGAGUUUCCCUAUGGAGGAGAGUCCAUUGCGAGGCAACGGGUCCGAAUAACGAUCUAAUGGCGGUUGGUGAACGAUGAGAAAAGAGGGCUUUGUGUAAUACACUUUAGUUGGGGUCGCAUAAUUCUUGUAUAUAGCUUUGCUCUUCAUGGAGAGAUGCAUCAACUGGUCUUGAUUGUGCCGUAUGACUAGAAGCGACCGGGGGAUUUCACCUUGCGGUGAGCUAAUCGUCAUAGAAGCAAGGCAGAUGGCGGUCUGCAAAAGUAGGCCCAUCAAUCUAUAAACCGAACCGACGGCAUGAAUCCAUGGACAGGAGAACCAUGGUACAAUGACAAUAACAUCCACCCCCCGAAACGUCAAAAUAAACAUGGG